AUGAAAUUUUUCAUUGAUGAUCUGCCCGUCCUGUUUCCUUACCCUCGUAUAUACCCCGAACAAUAUGCCUACAUGUGCGAUCUUAAAAAGACCCUCGACGCUGGGGGUCACUGUGUCCUGGAAAUGCCUUCGGGCACGGGAAAGACAGUCACGCUGCUGUCUUUGAUUGUCGCCUAUCAACAGCAUAAACAAGAGCACCGAAAGCUCAUUUACUGCUCCCGAACAAUGUCCGAGAUCGAAAAGGCCUUGGCGGAGUUGAGAGAACUCAUGAAAUAUCGUGCUGAGCAGCUAGGCUAUGUUGAGGACUUUCGUGCUCUGGGACUUACCAGUCGGAAGAACCUGUGUCUGCACCCCUCAGUCAAACGGGAGAAAAGUGGAACAGUGGUUGACGCCCGGUGCCGGAGCUUGACUGCCGGGUUUGUCAAGGAAAAGAAAGAGAGAGGUGAAGAUGUUGAGUUAUGCGUUUAUCAUGAGAAUCUGGAUCUUCUCGAGCCACACAACCUCGUCCCUCCGGGCGUUUUCACACUUGACGGUCUCUUGAACUAUGGAGAACAACAUAAGCAAUGCCCCUACUUUUCCGCUCGUCGCAUGAUGCCGUUUUGCAACGUUAUCAUCUACUCCUAUCACUAUCUUUUAGACCCGAAGAUCGCCGAAAGAGUCUCCAAGGAGUUUUCGACAGACAGUAUCGUGGUAUUCGACGAAGCACACAACAUCGACAACGUCUGCAUUGAGUCUCUCAGCAUUGAUAUAUCUGAAGAUUCAUUACGGAAAGCCACACGGGGGGCGAACAACCUGGAACGUAAGAUUCAGGAAGUAAAGAGCUCCGACGCCGAAAAGCUGAACAACGAAUACAUGAAGCUCGUUGAAGGAUUGCGGGAGGCUGAGCAAGCUAGAGAAGAGGAUCAGUUCAUCUCAAACCCUGUCCUUCCAGAUGAUCUACUUAAGGAAGCCGUCCCGGGUAAUAUACGACGGGCGGAGCACUUUGUUGCCUUUCUCAAGAGGUUUAUCGAAUACCUGAAGACUCGAAUGAAAGUCACGCACACCAUCUCAGAAACGCCUUUAUCAUUCUUAAGCCAUGUGAAGGAGUUGACCUUUAUUGAAAGAAAACCUCUAAGAUUUUGCGCAGAACGGUUAACUUCUCUGGUCAGAACGCUGGAGCUGAUCAAUAUCGAGGAUUAUCAACCACUUCAAGAGGUCGCAACGUUUGCGACUCUAGUCUCGACAUACGACAAGGGUUUUCUUUUGAUCUUGGAGCCUUUCGAGUCCGAGGCAGCCACAGUGCCGAAUCCGAUCCUACACUUUACAUGCCUAGACGCCGCCAUUGCCAUCAAGCCAGUAUUUGACCGGUUCAGCUCAGUUGUUAUCACCUCGGGAACUCUAUCCCCACUAGAUAUGUAUCCCAAAAUGCUCGACUUCACUACUGUGAUGCAAGAAUCAUAUAGCAUGACCCUUGCUCGUCGAUCCUUUUUGCCCAUGAUCGUGACUCGCGGAUCGGAUCAAGCUCAGAUCUCGUCUUCAUUCCAAAUCCGAAAUGACCCAGGUGUCGUCCGCAACUAUGGAAACAUGGUUCUCGAAUUUUCCCGCAUCACGCCAGAUGGGAUCGUGGUCUUCUUUCCGUCGUAUCUCUAUAUGGAGUCUAUCAUCAGCAUGUGGCAGGGCAUGGGUAUUCUUGAUUCAAUCUGGAACUACAAACUCAUUCUGGUGGAAACUCCUGAUGCGCAAGAAUCAUCACUAGCGUUGGAAACCUACCGAACAGCAUGCUGCAACGGUCGCGGCGCCAUACUUUUCUGUGUCGCUCGAGGGAAAGUCUCCGAGGGCAUCGAUUUCGACCACCACUAUGGACGAGCGGUGCUCUGUAUCGGGGUUCCAUUCCAGUACACAGAGUCGCGUAUCCUCAAAGCACGUCUCGAAUUCCUUCGGGAGACGUAUCGCAUCCGAGAAAAUGACUUCUUAUCUUUCGAUGCAAUGAGACACGCCGCUCAAUGUCUGGGGCGUGUCCUUCGAGGCAAAGAUGAUUACGGUGUCAUGGUUCUCGCCGACCGACGCUUUCAGAAGAAACGCAACCAGCUUCCAAAGUGGAUCAGUCAGGCGAUGCUAGAGAGUGAAACAAAUCUUAGCACAGACAUGGCAGUAGCAACUGCGAAGAACUUUCUGCGCACCAUGGCUCAGCCUUUCAAGGCCAAGGACCAAGAAGGUAUCUCGACCUGGAGUCUGGCGGACUUGGAAAAGCAUCGCCAGAAGCAGAUGCAGGAAGAGGAUAGAGUAAGGCGGGAGGAUAUUGCCCAUGGGAAUGGAGUCAACGGUGCUCAAAAUACAGGCGCCGACGAGUUCGACGACAAUAUUGACGAAGACCUCAUGAUGCUAGAUGCAUAG